AUGGCCACCUAUCCAACAUCGCUCGCCCCGCAGCUCAACCAGGUCCCAGAGGACGCCGUCGCGGGCAACACGACGCCUUCUCAUGGCGGUAUGAUUGCAGGACACGAGUUUGAUAUGGCCAUCUCGCAGCCACCACAUCCGCAGACACCCCAACACCAGCCAACAACACCCACCCACAACACCCCCCAGUCUGCACCUAGAGGCUCGACAACCAAUUCUCACCGCCCAAGACCGGUCUCCAUGCCGCCACAGUCCUACACCCCUGCCGCUGUGGUUGCUGCACCCAACUCUGCAGCUCAAGAUUCAAGAGAGCGGUCUCAAGUCUCCGGCGAUGAAAACCGGGAGAGAAGGAGGCAUAGGGAGGAUCAGAGCUCGUCAGGGAGGUCGAGCCGGCGGAUUCUGGGUGAUUACACGCUCAGCAAGACCCUGGGGGCUGGCAGUAUGGGCAAAGUCAAGCUUGCCAUCCAUAACAUCACUGGGGAGAAGCUUGCUGUCAAAAUUCUACCACGAGUAUAUCCCAACCCCCCUCCGCAGACCAACGGAACCACCGCCAACAACGACUCCGCCACACGCCAGGCCUCGCGGGACGCCUCGAAAGAGAUCCGGACACUUCGUGAAGCUGCCCUCUCCAUGCUUCUCUACCACCCAUACAUCUGCGGGAUGCGCGAGAUGAUUGUCCAUCAACACCACUACUACAUGGUGUCGGAGUACGUCAAUGGCGGGCAGAUGCUCGACUACAUCAUUAGUCAUGGGCGGCUGCGUGAACGCGUUGCGAGGAAGUUUGCGAGGCAAAUUGGGAGUGCGCUCGAAUACUGCCACCUAAACAACGUUGUUCACCGAGAUCUCAAAAUCGAAAACAUCCUUAUUUCGCAGACGGGCAACAUCAAAAUCAUCGACUUCGGCCUCUCAAAUCUCUAUGACCCCAUCGGCCACCUCUCGACGUUCUGCGGCUCUCUCUACUUCGCAGCUCCGGAACUGCUCAAUGCUCGGGUGUACACCGGACCCGAGGUCGACGUGUGGAGCUUUGGCGUCGUCCUCUACGUGCUGGUCUGUGGCAAAGUUCCAUUUGAUGAUCAGAGCAUGCCAGCGUUGCACGCAAAGAUCAAGCGCGGCCUCGUCGAGUAUCCUGUGUGGUUGAGUGCUGAAUGCAAGCACCUUUUGUCACGGGUAUUGGUUACCAAUCCUGCCAACCGAGCCACGCUCGCUGAAGUCAUGAGCCAUCCAUGGAUGGUGCGCGGCUUCACAGGGCCUCCAGCUAUCCAUCUGGUCCAUCGAGAACCCCUUCGACCUGAUGAACUCGAUCGACAAGUGAUCAAAGGCAUGAAGGGGUUUGAAUUCGGAACGGAGGAAGAAAUCGAACGGAAACUGGUCCACAUUCUCGAAUCGGAUGGGUAUGUUCGUGCUGUUCAGUAUUGGGAACGGAAACGCAGCAUCGGGAACUUGAACGGCAAUGCCAACACAAGCAUCAAUGGGAACGGCGGUCGGUGGGGCGAGUCGGUGUCGAAUUCGAGUCUCGCAAUCUCAUUCGAUAGCCAUAGUGCGAAGAACGAGUCUCUCGCGCCGAAGAAGUCGCGUCGAUUUUCUGGUUUCGAUUACUACAGGAAGAAGCUAUUCUCGCCAGCUUCAUCACCACCGGGGAGCCCACUUAAUCCAAACCGCGAACCCCUCGAUCCAACAAGGGGUUUCCACCCUCUCAUCUCGAUGUAUUACCUUGCUCGAGAGAAGUUGGAACGCGACCGUGUGUAUGGUCCUGGUCAAUUUGCGAGUUCGCAGCUUUCGAUCACAGGAGACCCAGCAAAUGCCAUCGCCACGAGCGUCAUGACCCCACAAGAGGAUGGAUCUUUGCGUCAACAGCAAUACAACGCCACCAAUCAACCGCAUUUCAGUGCUCCUUCUCCAGCCGCCACUAGGAAAGACCCAGUCCCGUCCGCGAAAAGCAAAGCGGAUUACAGCAUGCCACUACCCCGCCUUCCUGCUCCAGAAACCUCACAUUAUUCCGGCUUGUCGUAUGACAAUACCGUUGCGCCAUCACCAACCACGCCGAGUUUCGCUCAACCUCGUCCAAGAGAUCCGGGCUUGCCACCACCAUCACCCUCGGCCCAGCAGAGGCAGCAUAUCGAGAUUGAUCAAUCGUCAACGUUGGGUCCCAAACGAAAUCUCCCUCGUGCACCUCCUCCAAGCACACAUCGUCGCAGUCACAGCAUGAGCCAACGGCCCACUGUUCUAUCUCGCGGAUGGGGUGGGAUGUUCGGCAGUGCCAGCGAGGUUCCUGACGAGGUCGGCGUGAAUCGCGCAUUGCCCGAGCCGCCGAAGACCGUUGGUCCUGAUACGUCGAACUUUGGGGACCGUCUCAAGGUUGAGGAGGAUCAUGAGAAGGAGAGGCACUCGCACGACCAUGCGUCACCGUUAUCUUCCGGAGCGACCCUUGUUCGCAAGUUUGGUAGCUUGCUUGUCGGUGGAAGAGGCGAUGACAGUCGGAAACAGGGUACAAUCACGAAACGCGGCACGAUCCUGGGUGGAUUAUCUCCACGACCUUCAGGCGACUCGAAGUCGGUACUCAGCCCAGGCGAUGAGAAGCCAUCGCAGCCUCAACAUCAGCCGCAAGUUGAGCUCAACGAGAGGGAGGAUACGACGCCGACGCCGACAUCACCCAGCAGAUCGGUCUCUCAUAGCAGUAGCCAGCCCGCUGGUAGCUUGCAUCGCCGCGCUGCGACUAUCUUGGACCCUCAAGGUAGGACAACACGACACGAACGACGGAGCAGCACAGGCGCAGCACUCAUGGGAAACACGUCGCCUACUGGUGGUGGCACGAUAGGUCGUCAUAGACGGCCAUCGACUGGCUACAGCAGCUCGGGUCGGCCAGCUGCGGAGAGAUUAUUCUCGAAGGCUGAGCCGGGCGCGGAGAGCGAUAUGGCCGAGAAGAGGGAAGAAGAGGAGGGCGCGGAUGCACAAAAUGGUGUUGAAGAGGAAGUCGCGGAGACGUUCAAAGAUGAGAGCGAGAGGCAUCAAAAUGAUAAGGACUUCAAGCCUGUGUUCUUGAAGGGGUUGUUUAGUGUGGCGACUACAUCAACGAAAUCGCCUUCUGUAAUUAAGGCUGAUGUUCGGCGGGUUCUCGAUCGCAUGCAAGUGCAAUAUCGCGAGACGAAGACGGGCUUUGAAUGCAUACACCUACCAUCGAUUGACCUCUCGUCGGUCGAGACACCAACCAUUAGAGGUCAUCAGCAGCAUCCAUCCUCUACGUCAGGCGAGACGUCACCUAUGACCCCCAUUCAGAGUCGGCCAUCCAUCGUCAAAAAGGCAUCCAAACUGUCCUUUGGUAUGAAGCGCGAGAAGGGCAAGGAGCGCGAACAUUCUAUCGAUAAGGAGAAGGAGAAAGAGGGAAAGGAGAAGGAGACACCGAGCAGACCUUCGGGUGGUACGACGCUGACCACAACACCAACUGACGGACAGGCUCAAGCACAGCCACAAACAAACGGGCUCUCGCCAACAACACCUCAACCUGAGCAAGAGUCUCCUCCUCGGUCGCACUCGCCCGCAGCAAUGUCGACCAUUGCAUCAACGAAAGGAAAAGUGCUGCCACCCAUCCCACGCGACUUUGGUGGUCGAGCGACGUCUCCUCUGCCACGCAGCCCAAGCCCACUGCCAACUGGCGAAGUUGACAAGGAGGUGUUUGAGAGCAUGGGCAACAACAGCCUAAGCGUACGCUUUGAGAUCAACAUUGUCAAGGUACCGUGGCUGCCUCUUCACGGCAUUCAGUUCCGUCGUGCUGGUGGAGAUGGAUGGCAAUAUCAGAUGCUAGCUAGGCGGGUCCUGACUGAGCUCAAAUUAUGA